AUGCAUUCUUACAUGGAGACUUGGCAGAAGAAGUAUAUAUGGACUUACUCCCAGGAUGUAAUUCAGCUCUUGACAAGAAAAAUCAAGUUUGCAAGCUCAAAAAAUGACAUAAUCGUAACUGGAAACAACACAGAAAAGCAAUUGAAGUUGCAAAAGUAUUUGUCUCAGGAAUUUGAGAUGAAGGAUUUAGGUGAUCUGAAGUAUUUUCUCGGAAUUGAAGUAGCAAGAUAA